CGAUUUUGCCCUUUUUGCGUACCAAAAAAAGGUUUUAGCCCAAAUCCUUCCACCCUGAUUUCCACAAAAAAUGGCGUUGAGAGCGGCGGCGACGACGGCGAUGGCUGCUCAGGCUGCUCCAUGGGGGAUGAUGCGGCUGUUCUCGACAACUUCACCUAAUUCCUUUACGCCGCCGCCAAUUGUGGCGAUGGGGAACGGUGAGGGAACCCCUGGUCGAGAGCAAGCUCCUCCAAGUACCAACCUCUUUGUCUCCGGUCUUAGCAAACGCACUCCGGUAGAGAAACUUCGGGAAGCCUUUUCUCAGUUUGGACGGGUAGUUGAUGCCAGAGUGGUGACUGAUAGAGUAUCGGGAUAUUCUAAGGGAUUUGGUUUUGUAAGGUAUGCCACCAUAGAGGAGGCUGAGAAAGGAAGAGUGGGAAUGGAUGGCAAGUUUCUCGAUGGUUGGGUUAUAUUUGCAGAGUAUGCAAGACCUCGGCCAGCACGUACUCCACCACAGAACAACAUGACUAAUUCAAAUGGCGGCCAAUGACUCGAAUAGUUCUGCAACAUGCUGUCUCAUUUUCUGAUCUUGAUCAGAGACGGAUUUACAAUGGAGGCUGCCUAUCAUUUCUUGUAUUAUGUAUGAAGUUUUUUAAUAUUAGACUUGAACUUACGUGCUAUGAUGUGAUGAGCUGAGGUCUAUUAUUAUUCAAGAACUUCAGGAAAAAUAAGACUGAAAAUUGAAUCCGUUGAA